AAUGACAAAAACUUAUGUGCACUGACAUUUGUUCAUGCGGGAAAGAUGGCUCUGGAUAUGAAAAUCAAGGGCCUGCUGUUGAAAACGCUGGAAGACCUGGGGCAGGAGGACUUCAAGAAGUUCAAGUUUUAUAUGAACCUGCCCGAGAGCGUCAAAGAAAACGCAGACCGGACUGACAUCGCCGCACAGCUGAUGAACAGGCACGGCAAGAACGCGGGGGAGAAGACCAUCGAGAUUCUGGAGAACAUCACCAACUACAACCUGGCCCAGAAGCUGCGUAACGACCUGGCGCAAAUCACAGGUAGCAUCUCCUCAGUGGAUAACGAGCAGAUCGGCAAAUUCAAGCGGGAGCUGCAAGAGAACCUGCGGAAGAUCUACCUCAACGUUCCCGAGGGCAACACGGGGUACAGCCGGCAGGAGCCUCUGGAGAACGUCUACACUGAGCUCAACAUUACCCGCGGCGUCGCCGGUCUCCCCAACAAGCAGCACGAGGUCCUUCAGAUGGAGAUGUGCGGCGUGGCCGAGGAGGAGUCCAUCCAGCCGUGCGACAUCUUCGAAAGCCAGAAGCCCCUUCGCACGAUGCUCACCGUGGGCUUCGCGGGCAUCGGGAAGACUUUCCUGGUGCGCAAGUUUGUCCUGGACUGGGCCGGCGGGAGAACCAACACAGACGUGGACUUCAUCUUUCCCUUCGCCUUCCGCGAGUUGAACUUGGAGGAGGACAAUAGCUUUUCGCUGCCGGAGCUCAUCCGACUCUUUGUCUGGGAGAGCAAGGCCAUCAAGAUGCUGGACCACAUCUUGGUCAGUCUGCAAGAGUUGGCCAACUGCCACUACCAGUCCAGCAAGAUCAAGAUUUUGUUUGUGCUGGACGGCCUGGACGAGUCCCGCCUCAAACUGGACCUGAGCGACGAGCGCAAGGUGGAUCCGGACGUGACCCGAGCCUACCCCGUGGAGGUGCUCCUGGCGCAUCUCAUCAAGGGGAACCUGCUUCCCUGCGCCCGGGUUUGGAUCACCACGCGGCCCCAGGCGGCCCACGACAUCCCGCCGCGCCUGGUGGACGGCAGAACCGAGGUGAAAGGCUUCAGCGACUCCCAGAGGCUGGACUACUUCAGGAAGAGGUUCCCCUCCGAGGAGGACGUCAUCAAGCACAUCCAGAAGUCCCGCACCAUUUUCAUCAUGUGCCACUUGCCCAUCUUCUGCUGGCUCACCGCCACCGUUCUCCAAGACUGUCGGGAUGCCGGAAAGGAGCUGCCCGAAACCCUGACCGAGAUGUACACAGAGUUCCUGCUCUAUCACCUGGACAAGUCCAAGGAGCGAGACAGCCAGAAGAGCACGGAGUACGUCAAAGCGCUGGCCAAGCUGGCUUUUCAACACCUGAUGAAAAAGCAACAGAUCUUCUACGAGAGCGACUUGCGGGAAAGCGGCUUGGAUGACCCGCAGGGCGCAAAACACUCAGGAGUCUUCACCGUGGUCUUCAAGGAGGUACCCCCGCUCAAGAAAUACCAACGCAAGAUGUUUCAGUUCAUCCACCUGACCGUCCAGGAAUAUCUGGCCGCUCUCUACGUGAUGAUGAGCUUGUUCCAGGACAACAAGAACGUGCUGGACAAUUCCAGGUUGACGCGGAAAGGCCUCCUGUUGCUGAAGCGGAAGCAGCUCACUCGGGUACACGAGGCGGCCAUCCGCAAAGCCUCCAAGAGUGAGGGAAACCUGGACUUGUUCCUCCGCUUCCUGCUGGGCCUCUCCUUGCAGUGCAACCAGGAUCUCCUGGGUGAGCUGCUGAAGGUUCCCAAGAACUACAGACACAGCAAGGCAGAAACGGUCCGCUUGAUCAAGCGACGGAUCGAGCGGAAUUCUCCCGAGGAGAACAUCAACUUGUUCUACUGCCUGAAGGAGCUGAAGGACGAGUCCCUGCUGGAGCAGAUCCAACAAUACCUAAAUGGGGGGGAAUUGUCCACGGAGGACCUACCUCCGGCCAUGUGGUCGGCCCUGCUCUUCUUCUUGCGGGCUUCCGACGAAGCCAUGAGCUGCUUCGAACUCUGGAAAUACGCUCGGUCCGAGAAGGGGCUCCUGAUGCUGCUGCCGGUGGUCAAGGCUUCUCAAAAAUCAAUGCUCAUUAAAUGCAAGCUGAGCAAGAAAAGCUGCGAGGCGCUGGCCUCCGUUCUAAGCUCGCCCGGCAGCCUGAGGGAGCUGGAUCUCGGCUACAACGACUUGCACGACCACGGGCUGGAGGCGCUCGCCGCCGGACUGGUAAAGCCGCAGUGCACCUUGCAAGUUCUCAGGCUCCGGAACUGCAAGCUGAGCAAGAAAAGCUGCGAGGCGCUGGCCUCCGUUCUAAGCUCGCCCGGCAGCCUGAGGGAGCUGGAUCUCAGCUGGAACGACUUGCACGACGACGGGCUGGAGGCGCUCGCCGCCGGACUGGCAAAGCCGCAGUGCACCUUGCAAGUUCUCGAGCUCAGGAAAUGCCAGCUGAGCAAGAAAAGCUGCGAGGCGCUGGCCUCCGUUCUAAGCUCGCCCGGCAGCCUGAGCCAUCUGGAUCUCAGCGGGAACAACUUGCACGACGACGGGCUGGAGGCGCUCGCCGCCGGACUGGCAAAGCCGCAGUGCACCUUGCAAGUUCUCGAGCUCAUGGGGUGCAAGAUCAGCACACGAGGAUGCGUCUCACUGGCCAAGGCUCUCCGGUCCAACCCCUCACACCUCCAACAGCUGUACCUGAGCUCGAAUGACCCCGGAGAGGUAGGAAAGCGGGCCUUGGAGGAGGUCCAAAUGGAUUCUAGCUGCAGUCUGAAGAUCAAGUGGUAGGUUCCAAACGUCUUCCAGGGUGCCGUUGAAGAAAAUGGCUUCCAAAAAGUCGCUCGCGCCUAGCUCCAAAACCAGAUUUGCUGACAUCAGAUUGAAUAAAGUAGAGAAGCACACAUGAAAUCAAUCAAAGGAAAUGUUUUAAUACUAACUUCAUGAUGUGCACUUUGACAUCCCAAAUGUUUUGGGGCAUAUUGCCUGAAUGAAGUGUUCAAUGCAUGCCUGGUGUUUUUCCUCAAACGCUGAAUGCUU